UCCUACGAGGAGAGCCACUGGAAUAGUUUCUGGAAGAGACACGGGAUAGAACACUUGUGAUACCAUAGGAAAGAGAUAGUAAAGGAUCUUCCAGAGGAAAAGAAGAGGAAAGGCAGACAAGAGGAAAACACAAAUCAAGAAAGCUCAUUGUUAACGGGUGACGAGCGAUGAGCCUCUUGUGUUUGGAGUCGCUGUCGAGGCUGCUGCUGUUGGCGGCGCUGCUCCGCGACCCCGUCUCGGCCCAAGAUGUGAAAGACAUCGAUCGGCUACGGUUGGUAGGGAGCGAGAAUCCUUAUGAGGGGAAUGUUCAGGUGGAGUCUGGCGGUGUCUGGGGGUAUGUGUGUGACGACGGCUUCGGCUUCCCUGAGGCAGACGUGGUAUGUAAGCAGCUCGGAUUCGAAGGCGCUCUCUCCUUCACCAGGAAUGACCAGUUCGGCAGUAACGCUGCAGGAGAGAGGCGUCGAGGAGAACAGACGAAGUUCUGGCUGGACGACUUGAGAUGCGGGAACGUCUCCGACCUCAAGAACUGCAGCUCAAAGCCCCUGGGAAUCCAUGACUGUGUGUCUAGCGAGAUCGCGGGCGUGGUGUGCCGUCAUGCCACCGACGGCACCAGUGAAACGAAUGGCACUUCAGUGUGCUCCGCCGACGAAUUCCGCUGCGAGGACGACACGUACUGCAUCUCGCGCUCCUUCGUGUGUGACUUCGAGCCCGAUUGCCUCGACGCCAGCGAUCACAGGUCGGAGCUGUGUGACGACGUGGGCGUGGUGAGGCUGGUGGACGGCAACAAGCCCCUCAACGUGCCCGGGAUGGUGGCAGGGACCGUCUUGGUGAAGCGGCGCGGCGUCUGGGGCACCAUCUGCGACGACGGUCUCAGGGACGCCGACGCCAAGGUGCUGUGCCGCAGCCUGGGCUAUACCGGCGGCUGGGCGGUUCCGUUCUACGUGAACUAUCUUGGCAAGACCAACGUCUCCAGCGUGCUAUCCAGGCCGGAGUGCGUGGGCGAUGAGCGGUGGGUGGGCGCAUGCCCUGGGGCCGUCUGGAGGGCGGGCAACUGUGAGACGGAGGAUUUCGGUCUGAGUGUCCUUUGCUCCGAGGGCGGCGUGGACGUGCGUGUGGCCGGGGGGCGGCCGCGGGCGGGCGGGCGACUCGAGGUUCGGCUGCCGGGCUUCGAAUGGGCCAGCGUGUGCGACGCCGGAUUCGACGACCUCGACGCGCAGGUGGUGUGCCGGACCCUGGGCUACGAAGGCGAAGCUGUGGCCACGCGCGGCGCCGAAACGCCAGGACCUUUGUGGAACGUGGCCCUCGACUGCACGGGCGCCGAGACGCUGUUGCACCAGUGCAGACUUCGGAUCUUGACUGACAGAUGCAACACUGCCGCCUUCCUCACCUGCGCGCCCGCCAGACAGAGGACUGACGCCCAGCCGCAUUAUGCGCUGCCUUCGGAAUGCGGCCUGGUUGCUGAGGACUCCGACCUGUACAUCGGGGGGCUGGCCAAGGUGCGGGGGGGCAUAGUGGCACCUCGCUUCAGCAACCCGUGGAUGGUGAUUCUGGUCACGCCGAGAGAGGAGCUGAGGUUCGGGAAGGCGCUGUGCGGAGGCUCCAUCAUCACGGAGGACCACGUGCUCACCUCGGCCUUCUGCUUCAACUCGUACGGGAGUCACUCUGUCGUGGUCAGGGCGGGCGACUACAACGCAGACUUUGUCGAGAACAGCUUCGAGGAGGAAUUCGACAUUGACAAAGUCUGGUUUCACGAGCAGUACAAAGAGCUAGGAGAGUACGACAACAACAUCGCCCUCGUCAAGAUCCAACGGAAGAACGGGAGAGGUUUCAGUUUCACCGAGCGAGUCCGGCCCAUCUGCCUUCCCAGCGCCGACGAUUCCUACGAGAACCUGUACGCGUGUUCUGUCGCUGGCUUCGGCAGUCGCGGACAAUCCGAACAAGAACCGACGCAGCCCCGCGAGGCGAACGUCUCCGUCGUGUCGGAUGCGUCGUGCGAGGAGAGGUUCGGGGGAUCGGCUGUAUUCUCCUCCGCGGAUAUCUGUCUGUCAGACUCCUCCCGCUUCGUAACCUCUUGUGCGGGCGAUAUGGGUGGGCCCGUGGCCUGCACGGUGUACGGGAGGAGGACCCUGUAUGGCAUCGUAUCUGCGCAAUCCAGCUGUUUCACCUUCCAGCGUGGACCCUUCAAGGGCGUGCGGGUGUCCAAGUACAUUCGAUGGAUCUUGGAAAAGAUUGAUCCCACCAGCCGAAGGAACUGAGCCAGCGGGCGGCGGAAGAGCAGUUGGGAAGCAGUACUGGCCAAGGUCUAUACUAGGUCUUAUAGAGAUAGAUAUAUACAUGUAUACCCCCUGACAGACACAUUCACAAUUAGUCCAGGGAGGCAGGUACAACAGAGAGGACAUAAGCUAGUUGGUGGACCAAUGAAUUUGCAAUCAGUGUGUGCGUGUGUGUACGUGUGUGUGUGCAGCUUCAUACUGUAUGUACAUACUCAUAUUUACUCGCUUUGAUUUUGAUGAUUUACGAUGUCCUGUCAGUUCCCUAUGCUCAGAUAUUUUCAAAUCAAAUGAAUAAAGAAAGUAAAGCGAAAAUAA